UUAUUCCGCCCCACAGCACACACGCCGGAACCAGCCCGCUGGUGGUUGUCGCCGUUGCACCUAGUCCUCCUUCCGUGUCACCGCUGCCGCCAUGCCUGGAGGGCUCCUUCUCGGGGACGAGGCUCCCAACUUCGAGGCCAAUACUACCAUCGGCCGCAUCCGUUUCCAUGACUAUCUGGGAGACUCAUGGGGCAUUCUCUUCUCCCACCCUCGGGACUUUACCCCAGUGUGUACCACGGAGCUUGGCAGAGCAGCAAAGCUGGCACCAGAAUUUGCCAAGAGGAACGUUAAGAUGAUUGCCCUUUCAAUAGACAGUGUUGAAGACCAUCUUGCCUGGAGCAAGGAUAUCAAUGCUUACAAUGGUGACGAGCCCACAGAAAAGUUACCUUUUCCCAUCAUUGAUGAUAAGAAUCGGGACCUUGCCAUCCAGUUGGGCAUGCUGGACCCAGCAGAGAAGGACGAAAAGGGCAUGCCUGUAACAGCUCGUGUGGUAUUUAUUUUUGGUCCUGAUAAGAAGCUAAAACUGUCCAUCCUCUACCCGGCUACCACUGGCAGGAACUUUGAUGAGAUUCUCCGAGUAAUUAUCUCUCUCCAGCUGACAGCAGAAAAGAGGGUUGCCACCCCAGUUGAUUGGAAGAAUGGAGACAGUGUGAUGGUCCUUCCAACCAUCCCUGAAGAGGAAGCCAAAAAACUUUUCCCUAAAGGAGUCUUCACCAAAGAGCUCCCAUCUGGCAAGAAAUACCUCCGCUACACCCCCCAGCCAUAGGCUCUCCACGGAGUUGGUGCUGGAGCUGCUCACUGAGCACCGUGAGCCAGAGGAUGCCAGCUGCCCAUCAUGUUUUCCUGCAGCAGUACCAUAAAAACAUCCUGGUGUGAUCACAGCCAAGGUCUUUAGGUUGCUAUACUACUGGCUUAUUAAAUGAAAAUGGCACUGAAAAUUC